UCCUUCCGGAAUGAUUCUUCAGACGGACCGGAAGCAUUAGGCGUACAAACACAACUGAUAACAGGUUAAACUAGUUUGAGGUCUUUAAAAAAAAAAAAAAACCCAACACAUUUUCCUCGGAUAUGUCUCAGUAUGGACUGAGGAGAUUAGCUACAGAAUAUUGUAGUUUGAACACAUUUGUGAAUAUCAGGACAUUUUUGCGACUGCAGGAGAGAAACCUGUCAGGUUCCAGUGAAGUGAAGGACGCCGGGAAAAACGCGUUCGACGUUUCUUUACUCGAGUUUCUUGUGUGUCCUCUGUCUAAGAAACCUCUCAGAUACGAGGAAACAACAAACGAACUAAUCAACGAAGAGCUCGGUAUUGCGUAUCCCGUAGUAGAUGGCAUCCCGAAUAUGAUUCCUCAGGAUGCACGCCUGAUCAAGCAGACUGAAGGAGCUGAAAAACCGACUCAGACUUGAACAGUGUUUUCUGUCUGCUCUCUCUCAAAUAAAGCACGAUGCCAUUUCCUCUAUCUACAGUCACCGUUUUAGUCCCAGUCCUGUCCUUAUUAGGCCUCCUGUACUCCUCGAGUGUGGAUGAAAACUUCCCACAGGGCUGCACUGACACUACCAGCGUGUGUUUUUAUAGUCUGUUGUUGCCCGUCACUAUUCCCGUGUAUGUCUUUUUCCAUCUGUGGAAGUGGAUGGGAAUCAAGCUGUUCCGGCACAAUUGAGAGAUGUAAAUAAAGCUUUAUUCAGACAACACGAAAAA